GGUAGGUAUUCUGAUGACCUUUGCCUCGAUAAAUAUCCCCUGUCGAUCAUGUCUCUGCUAGAACGGCAUCUUGAGCAGAUCUCGCUCUCUUCCGAAUCAAUCGCAACACUCCCUUUCCCCCCUCCAAAGAUCUUUACAAAUGCGCUCCUCUCCACCCACGACAUCACAUCGCUGAUUCGAGACACCGAACCCCAUGAACGAGCUCUCUUCUCUGUUCCACCACCCCCACCCCCUCCCUCAUCUUCCGCGCCCUACCCUGAAAAGUCAAACAAUCGCCGUCAAACUGUCUUCAAUGUCGCGUCAGGAGAAGUGACAACUGGUACUGGAGGAUCUGCUCGCGCGCCCAGGAGGAAUACUGCUGUUGCAGCAGUUCUGGGUCCUGAAUUACAUUCCGCGGUCAGGAAGACCGAAGGGAGAGGAGAGGUAGACAUUGAGGUCUUGUUGCGUGGGGCAGAGAAAUUAAAUAGUGUGUACUCCCUACCGGGUGUCCCAAAACGGAUUGAAGGUUUGAGGGUAAGGCAUGCACAGUUGAUAUCUAGUUUGGCGCACUAUGAGCAGAAGGUUGCGAAACAGACGAGGGAGCUGGAGAGGAUAAAUAGGGGGGAUGGGUGGAGUGCAGAUGAGGACUUUGAUGAUGAGGGGGAGAGGAUCCCGGGUACGGACGCAGAAGAGGAGUUUGAAGUGACAGACGAAGAUUUGAGGCGGGAAGAGGAGGAAAUUAGGGAGCUAGAGAGGAGGAAGAGGGAGUUAGAGGAUAGAGUUAGUGGGAUGGAGAGGGAUUUGGGUGGACUCCUUAGGUGAUCGGGCUGGACCAGCUUGCAUGAUUGUGGUCCCGAAGCGUGCCUUUCCGCACAUGGCACCAGCAUACUUGAGUUCCAUCCAUAAGCCGAGGGCUGGUACCCGUAGUGGGACAGACAAGACACCGGGGAGAAGGAUGGCAGUACUCGAGGCGUUUGAUACCCAGAAGAAAUCCAAUUACGACUCACGAUUAGUACAGGU